AUGGGUUAUGCAUUCGUUGAAUUUGAGGACCCCCGAGAUGCCGAUGAUGCUGUGAAGCAACUAAACGGUUAUGAGCUGGAUGGAGCUCGAAUUGCAGUGGAAUGGUCGCGGAGGUCAGGAGGACCGGGUAGUGGUUGUUUUUUAUGUGGCGGACAGGGCCACUGGGCAAGAGAAUGUCCCGAAGCCAGGGAAAAAGGCAUGGACGUGCGAAGUGGACGAUGUUUCAGGUGUGGUGAACCUGGUCACUUGGCCAAGUACUGUAGGAACGAUGAUGAGAAUGGUCGAGGUAGAGGUCCGUCAGGACAUUCCUCCCGAUACGGCCGAGACAGGUCUCCUUAUGGCGAUCGAAAACGUUAUGGUGAUGAUUAUGACCGCAAUCGCCGUUAUUCAAGAUCUCCCGCAUCCUACAAAAGGUCGCAUUCGCGCUCAAGAAACCGAUCACGAAGUCCUAGUCCAUAUAACAGCAAAUAUGAUGAAAAGUAUGAAAGAAGUCCAAGUCCAUAUGGGUAG